CUUCUCUCAGUAGCUUUCUGACCCGGUGAGGAUCUUGUGGUCACAGAAGCGAGCGGAGGAGGCGUGAGGAUGGUGGUCACAGUAGGUGUGAAGCUCGGCCACUCCGCUUUGGUGACCAGCGCCAGGGCGGGGACAGAGUCUGUUGUGCUCCGGGGACCACUGUUUUCCGCGGCUCCGGCCCUUCUGCGCUCGCGGAGUUUGAUGGCGGCGGCGGCGGCGGCGCUGAGGCGCCCGGCUGAGGUUGGUUUUACCUUUGAGGAUGUGGCCGUGCACUUCUCCCAGGAGGAAUGGCACCUCCUUGAUGAGGCUCAGAGACGCCUGUACCUGGAUGUGAUGCUGGAGAACUUUGCUCUUAUAUCCUCGCUGGGAUGCUGCUGUGGAACAGAGAAUAUGGAGGCACCCAGUGAACACAAUGCUUCUGUACGAGUGUCACAGGCAAAGAAUUCCAAGGCAGCUUUGUCUUCCCAGAAGAGCCACCCCUGUGAGAGUUGUAGGCUGGUCUUGAGAGACAUUUUCCUCUUGGUUGAGCAGCAGAAAACACAGCAUAGUCUAACACUGCUGAGGUGUGGGGCCUGUGCAAAACGAUUUUAUUUCAGUGCAAAUUAUGACCAGCACCAAGAGCAGCAUAUGAAAGAGAAGCCUGUUAUAUAUGGAGUAGACAGGGUCUCUCUUGUGAACAGCUGCAAUUUCCAUAUAUCAAAAACUGUUAUUGCUGAGGAGGUUGGGAAGAAUUUUCUGACUGUCUCAGGGAACCUCCAGCAAAGUGCCACUGAAAUCGGGGAAAUGCCAAAUAAAAUGUCUGUAUCUGGAAUGAUGUUUGAAAGAAGAAAAAAUCAUACCUGGAGAUUAUGCAAGAACACCACUGGCCGCAAGCACACUGUUGGACAAGACAAGGGCGUUCGUAAUGGAAAACAGUGUUUUUUGUGCCAUGAAUGUGGAAAAUAUUUUACCAGCAGCUAUGGCCUCCAUUGUCAUGAGAGACUUCACAAAGGAGAAAGGCCUUAUGAGUGCAGUGAAUGUGGAAAGUCUUUUGCCACAGGCAGUAGCCUAGGAAAACAUCGGAGAGUUCAUCCUGGAGAAAGGCCUUAUGAGUGUAGUGAAUGUGGGAAAUCUUUCACAAGCAGCCUUGGCCUCCAUUGUCAUCAGAGAGCUCACACACGGGAAAGGCGUUAUAAGUGCAGUGAAUGUGACAAAUCUUUUACCAGUAGCAGUAAGCUCUGUUAUCAUGAGAGAGUUCACACUACAGAAAGGCCUUAUGUGUGCCAUGAAUGUGGGAAAUCUUUUUUCUUUAGAAGUCGCCUCCGUUUUCAUGAGAGAGUUCAUACUAGAGAAAGGCCUUAUGAGUGCCGUGAAUGUGGGAAAUCUUAUACCUGGAGCAGUAACCUCUAUGCUCAUAAGAGAGUUCACACUGGAGAAAGGCCCUAUGCAUGCAGUCAAUGUGGGAAAGCUUUUCAGAGAAAUUCUGACCUUCGUUUACAUCAGAUAGUUCACACCGGAGAAAGGCCUUAUGAGUGCAGUAAAUGUGGGAAAUCUUUCACCAGUAACAAUGGCCUUCGUUAUCACCAGAGAUUUCACACUGGAGAAAGGCCUUAUGAGUGCAGUGAAUGUGGGAAAUAUCUCGCAAGUAACAAUGGCCUCCGUUAUCAUCAGAGAGUUCAUAAGGGAGAAAGGCCUUAUGACUGCAAUAAAUGUGGGAGGUCUUUUACCAGUAGCAGUGACCUCCGUUGUCAUCAGAAAGUCCAUACAAGAAAAAGGCCUUACGCCUGUAGCGAUUGUGGGAAAUCUUUUGUUCGUGUUAGUAACCUUCACUAUCAUGAGAGAUUUCACACUGUGGAAAGGCCUUGUGAGUGUCCUAAAUAGAAAAAUCUUUUAACAGUAGUCAUGGCCUUUAUUGUCAUCAGAUAGUUCACACACUAAGGCCUUUUUGAGUGCAAAAAUGUGAAAAAAUAUUUACCAUGCUGCCAUAUUCUUUUGUUUUGUUUUGGUUACUAGGUCACACAAGAGAAAGGCCUUAUGUGGCAGCAAAUGUGGGAAAUCUUUUACCAGUAGCUGUGACCUCUGUUAUCAGAGAACUCAAGCUGGUUAAAGGCUUCAAGCAUAAAGUAAAUGUGGGAAAUUAUUUAGCCACAUAAUUAUGCCCUCUUGACAUUGGGUAGUUCAUGCUCUGGAAAUGCUUAGAUUUUUGGGUGUUUUAUUUUCUUGUUCAUUGUAACGGCACUAAAGAAAACUGAGUAUCCAUCUGGGUUAAACUUUAUACACAUAUUCAUAGAGUGGACAUUUCUCAUAAGUUUAAUGUUUAAGUUUUAAAGGCUAACAAAUUAUGAUAUAAAAACCAAUUGUCACUUUUUGGAUUCUUACCAGCAGUGCAGGAGAAUUACAUUUCUGCCACCCUAACAAGCUUGUUGAUUUGUUUAAACUUUAUCUUAGCUUUUUCAAUAGGUUGUUGUGCACUCUUACUGCUGUUAUACUUUCAUUUUUAUAAGGAUUCACAACAAGCAUUUCUGCAGAUGUGUAUUUAAUAAUUAUACAUUUUUAGUAAAAUGUGUGCUCAUGUGAUUUACCUGUUUUAUGAAUUUAAGCUACUUCUUUAACAAA